AUGAAUACGUCGAAUACACCAACGCUUACUAAAGUUGAACCUACCCUCGCCGAUCUUAUAGCUAUUAUAAAUGACAAUGCCAGCGAUCAUGCACAACGGUUUAACCGUCUAGAAAAUCAGUUUAGUGGUUUUACUAAACGGCAAGAUGCAGUUGAGUUACUAGUGUAUAAAAAUGAUAAAAAUAUUGUCAUUCUUCACCGCAACUCAGUCGAUCAGCGAACUGCAUUCACGAAAUCCGACGAUAGAACGAUAGAAUGGCGAAGAUCCACGCUGACGCCGAAUACCUUAAGGAAACUGUGA